CGCGGCUUCACCAGCGCUCAUUGACCCACACAGUACCUUCACAGAUCGCAGAUACAUAAGAUAUCUGCAGGCGGUCUGGAGUCUGCUCUGCUAAACCUAUAGAACUAAAACUUGACACCGUUCACAUACAAACAUCAUGGCCGACAUCGAAGACCGCCGUGCCGACGAGCACAACACUGCUGACAAUGCAGAUGAAGAGGAGGAAAUUCUCGCGAUGAAAAAGCGCGUCCAGGAGAUGGAAGCCGAAGCGGCGAAGCUCCGUGAGAUGCAACAGUCUCUCGAUCAGCGCACCGAAGACCUCCGUGAGAACAGAGAAGACAUCGACGCACGGAGCAUAUUUGUUGGUAAUGUCGACUAUGGCGCCUCGCCCGAGGAGAUCCAGUCGCAUUUCCAGACUUGUGGCAGCAUCAACAGAGUGACUAUCUUGCUGGAUAAGUUCACCGGACAACCGAAGGGGUAUGCGUAUGUGGAGUUCACUGAGCCCAGUCUUGUAGCUCAGGCCCUAGUCCUCAACGAUAGCAACUUUCGGGGCCGACAACUCAAGGUUGUUCCCAAGCGCACUAAUCUUCCAGGCAUGACGAGAGGUGGAAGAGGUAGUACCGCGGUGGCUAUCGACCACGAGGACGUGGCUAUGCACCAUACUAGUUCACUUUGCGCAACGGGUUGAGGCGUUGACAUGGAAAUGAUUUAGUUGCCUCUUACUUGGUCGGAUUCGGAGACUGCUAUUACUCUCGAACGGACCUGGCAUCGUUUAUUGUAUACUAGAAUAGGUCUUCUUCUUCUCCAUAAUCAUCUUGCCAAACCUCAUGUGUUCCGCUAAAUUCUUCA